AUGAGUGGUAUUUCGACAGCAUUCUUUACUUCUAUCAAGGCGCUAGUGCUCCCUGCAGAUGCUUUCUUCAAGCCACUAUGUGCGACCCUUCUGAAGCGGAGAAGAAAUAAAAUUCAAAUAAGCAGUGUCAGGGACAUUCGUCGGUGUCCAUUCGAGCAACCAUCCUUCAACGGCUCAUUCCACCCCCCCAUUGAGAUGUUACGCCAGACGCUUAUGUGUCACGCUGACACCGGACUGAUCACGUACGACUCGAUCGCGGGGCACAGCAAGCCGUACUCUGACUUUAGCACGCGCCAUGUGCGCCAUGGCUUUCCACGCGUCCUCUGGUGGGCGUACGACCAUCAGGUGCACGUGCGCCAGGACCGUGUGGUGCGGCUCGAGGACAAUGUUGGCUUUGCAGAAGAGCCGUAG